AUGAAGGCACUGAUGAACGACUUGCAUUGCGAGUUCGGAUUCGACUGGCACAGGAAAUGGUUUCAAAGCUCUCUACGAAAUUCGGCCUGCUGCCAAGGAGGACAUCCUAAGGAGGACAUCCCUACGCAUGAAACAAAAGAACCUCGUGGCGAUGGAGCCUAUCGAUGCGGUCGGCGAAUCAGAGCCAGUGCUACAACUCCUACUGGCUACGUGAUGUCGCCUAAUUAUCCUAUCAAGUACAACAAGGAUGUGCAUUGCGAUUGGGAAAUUGUUGCAAGAGAUGGAUAUAAGAUUCUUCUUACUAUGGUUAAAAUGGAAAUUGAGGGCGAAAUGUCCGCGACGACUGCAAGCUGUCAGAAGGUGGGAAGUCUUCAAGCUCACUGCUUUCUUUAG